GUGCGCGCGCGAAUUUGGAACUGCGAUCGUACGCAGCAGGGUGAAUUUGGGUAUUCGGUCUCGCUCUCUGCUGGUGGUGGUGUUGCACUUUUUCGGCGUUGCUUCUGUUCCUUUCUUCUUGGUUAGGGGCUCUGGUCCGCCGGCCACCCCACCGUAACCCUUUCCGCUGCUUCCGCGAACUGCCAGGCUCCCAGGCUCUGGUGCACAUGUAGCGAAGCGGCCGGGAAGCGGUGCAUUCGUGCGUCUCCUCCGUACCGCGUUACCGUUUGUGUGUGUGUGCUUCCUUCGUCAUAUCGCUGCUUGUCAUCGUCAUGUCAUGACAGGCGGUGCGGUGAAGUGUCUUGGGCUUGGGAUCGGGGUACAACCAGCAGUUGGGGAGCAGCAGGGAGGUGCAGGGUGCAGCUGCACAGGCUCUUCUGCCCGAUUCUAUCUCGCUUCCGCGCGCGAACUCCGAGUCUGUGCAUGUGUGCGCACAAUUCCCUGGUCAGUUUUAGCACGCCAAAUAGUGCAACAAGCAGCGCAAGCCAUCUUCAUCAUCAUACAUACAUAAGCCCAGAGGUUGGCCAACCAACACCAAAACGCACUCUCGUCACAUGGCGUCGCCGAUUACCUUGAUUUUAUUAUGUGUGUUGCGCUUUUUUUUUCUUUCGGGCUGUCAGUUCGUUUGUGCGAGGCAUAUUCUUUCCCGAUGGUGUUGGUUUGCUUUAUUCUCCUCGUUUUUCGGCGGUCGAUUGGUGGUGUGCUGCUGCUGCUGCUGGUUUGUCCACUCGGUUCGGGCGUGCGCGCGCCCGCAUGUGUAGUGGUGUGUUGCAAUUUUGUGCUCUUUUUCUUUCCAUUUUUUGGUUAGCGGCCGACUGUCUCGCUUUUUUUUUCUCUCGUGUUGCUCGGGACGGCUUUGCUCAGAGGACCCCAAUUCGGCAGCUUCCUGCGUCCGGUGCAACACGCCGCUGCAACAGUACAACAACAGGCUAGCCCGACGACUGGCGUUUUAGGUGCGUUUUGGAGGUGCCCAUUAUUCGUCCCGUCCCGGUCACGGAUUGCACUGCUGCUUCGCGUGUUUCUGCUUGUGGUGCUGUGGUUUUCUGUUUCGAUUAGUCGCCUCUUUUUUAUUGCGUUGGGGGAGUGAUGAAAUCCAGUGCAAUACCCAACCCGUAGAGGCACCGUCAAAUGCAAAUCGUCAAAACUAGUGUCUGUGUGUGUUAUAUUCUCUGUGCGUGAGUGUGUACAUUAGGCAGAUCUGGUGAAAAAAAAAUAAUUAAAAACGGAAGAAUUGUUCAGUAAACGUUAGCAGCUUUAUCAAAAGCCACACAGCUGAAAGUGUGUGUGUGUGUGUGUUUUUUGCUAGGUUUUGUGUCGAUAGCAAUCCAAAAAACGGUUGCGUUGCGGUGUACCAAUGUUCGACGGCAAGUAUCGCCCAGACAACCGGCACGUGGUUGUGUUCGAGCGCACGUGAAGCUACAGCAUUUUCCCGCGCAAGUCCGAAACAAACUGUUGCGCUUUUCCGGCAACGCGUACACGAGCAAACACAAGUGAAAGGAUACGCCAGAAACUGAAUCCUGGAACUGCAUCAGUGGUGUGAAAUAAUAGAAAAGAAAACGGUGACUUACUUAUUCUCUCUCCCUCUCUCGAGUGAAGAAAGGAGGUGGAUUUACUAGUGGGUGGUAGCAGUGUUUGAAGAUCGCUCGCAGUGCCAAUGGUGGAUGUGACAGAAGCAUGUGUCAAGCUGAUGAUUGCGCUUGUCCUGCAUUGAACAUGUCGUACCGUGUUGUGCUUUGCUACUGUUUAACGCCCUUCUAAUUGCCAGUGUACUGUCGAAUUAGUUGUCGAAACGGUAAAAAGUGUGAAGUGUAAUAGGAACAACCCGUUUCCUAAACAUCCAAACGAGAUCGCCGAAGAGAUCGUUGCGUCAGGUUCUCUAUAGCGCGUGCAGCAGUGGAGCAGCAGAAGCAGCAGUUGGCGCUCGGCUGGAAACAAAUGCACCCCCGUUCUGCCCACGGGUCUGCCCACUCCAUCACCACUAGAUACAGUGUUUUAUUGAUGUCCAACUAUUACUUGAUGUUGUUGCAACUAAGUGUGAAAUAGAUUACUCAUAUCAGCUCGUAAACGUUAGCAAGCACAUUAGCGAAUAAGCGGCGGUGUUCCGGUGGAAGCAGAAUCCGUACAAAGUAUAACACAAUCAAAAUUCACAAUAACAUAGAUUACAGUGCAAACAACACAGACAACAACCAUGGUGGACACGCAGCACUUCUGUCUGCGAUGGAACAACUACCAGAGCAGUAUCACGUCCGCCUUCGAGAACCUGCGCGAUGAUGAAGACUUUGUCGAUGUGACGCUCGCCUGCGACGGGCGCAGUCUGAAAGCACACCGGGUGGUACUAUCCGCGUGCAGCACAUACUUCCGCGAGCUACUGAAGAGCACACCAUGCAAACAUCCGGUGAUAGUGUUGCAGGAUGUCGCGUUCACCGAUCUGCACGCGCUGGUCGAAUUCAUCUACCACGGUGAGGUGAACGUGCAUCAGCGAUCACUCAGCUCCUUCCUGAAGACGGCGGAAAUUUUAAGAGUGUCCGGCUUAACACAGCAGCAAGCGGAGGAAACACAUGGUAUACAUACAUCGCUCGGUGCGAAUCUACCCUCGGGCGUCGUUCACCAUCCGAUCUACCCGGACAAGAUGCUGGACGAUUCGCUGUACGUGUCGCAAGGUGCAUCUCCUCCGCCACAUCUUGCCAACCUGCACAAUAGCUCCUCCCCGAGCAGUGGGGGUGGCGGCGGCGGUGGAGGUGGUGGAGGCAGCGGUAACAGCAACGGUGCGCCGAUGGUUAAUCAGCUGCUGAAGCGAGCGGCCGCCGCGGCUGCCCUCCGAAGGGAACGCAACAAUUCGGCCCAUUCGGACGAGAUGGCCCUGAAGCGGCACCGAAUGUCGGUGGACAGCAAUGGGCCGACGAAUGCGCGAGAUCUGGACGUGAUCUGCAGUACGCCCCAGACGACGGCGACCGACUUUUCGUCGAGCGCCUCGAAGCAGCACAUCAAUUUGCCAUCGCCCCAGGGAAAGGAUCAAUUGCGGCAACAGGACAGCUUAUCCGGUCAUGCAAACAGUGGCAACAACAACAGUUUCUCCAUCAACAGCUCGAGUAACUUAAUAAAAAGUAGUAUUAACAACAAUAACAAUAACAUCAACAACAACAACAACUUGAACAACAACCUGUUGCACAGCAAGGAAAACAGUAGUGGCGGCGGUACGGUCGGCGGCGGACUGUGCGGUUCCGGCAGCAUGCCCACGUCGCUCGGCACAUCGAACGGCAGCAACGCGGGCAGCCUCUGUUCGGCGGAAAAGGAAAGCCUAGCGUCCUCGCCGUCGGAACGUUCGGCCGAGGAUGUGAAGUCGGAACCGCUCGAGCUGCUGUGCGGCACGGGCGGCGACCACGAGAACAGCUCCGACUCGGUGACGGACGAUCAUGGCGAUCUCGUCAAGAGAGGACUGGACGUGAAAGGUUCCCUACGAUCACCAAACGAUCAUGAGCUUGAUAGCAAUAUGCAUCACCACAGUGGGGCCCAAUUCCUCAUGAACGCGAGCGAAAAUAAGCUGUUUCCGACGCCACCCCAGUUUAACUUUUCGAUGGCAGCACUAGCAGCAGAUCCCGCAGCGUUGGCAGGAUUUAGCACCCAGGCACUGCAAGCGGUAGAGUUGGCCGGUUCGCCACAGGGCAUGAGCAUUGCGGCAAGCAUGGCGUCCCAGCGGUCGGCAUCCCCACCGGACGGUGGAUCGCACGGUGGUCACGGUGGCCACGGUGGUAUCAAUCGGCUGUCGUUGCCAUUGCCGCUGGCGGCCUGCCAUCGGUGCGACGUGUGCGGCAAGCUGCUGAGCACGAAGCUAACGCUCAAGCGGCACAAGGAGCAGCAGCAUCUGCAGCCGCUAAACAAUGCGGUCUGCAACCUGUGCCACAAGGUGUUCCGUACGCUGAACAGCUUGAACAAUCACAAGAGCAUUUACCAUCGCCGGCAGAAGAUCCUGCACCACCAUCACCAUGCGCACCUGCACGGGCAGCAUCCGUUCGCGGCGGUGGCGGCCGCGGUCGGCGGGGGAGGGGGAGGUGCGGCCAGCCCGCUACAUCACGGUACGGCGGCGGCGGCGGCAGCGGCUGCGGUGGCCGCCGCUAACCACGAGCUGCUGAACAACAAUGCCGGCGGUUCCGACUGUGAUAUCAAGCAUAGUGUCGCGACCAAGCUCGAAUAUAUGUAAAUACGGUAGGGCCGUUAAGCGCUCCCACAGCUGUGUGUCCACUCUUCCGUGUACGUGUCCGGUCCGGACGACACUCACUUAACGUGAAGCUACUAAGCAAAAAACAUAAACAAAACAAACAAAGAAAAAAAACAUUAGCAGAGGAUCAGCACAUCUUCUAGUGACAGCCACCAUUGACUCAAAGCACAAAACAAGUGUACGCGAGUGUGUGUUUGUGUGUUAAAGGAAAAUGCAGAAUGCAACAAUCUGUCCUACUUUCUCUCUCACUCUCUCUCUCUCUCUCGCUUUCAUACACUCUCUGUGUGGGUGUCUCACCCACAUUCUCUCUGUCCCUUAUUUGCCAUCUGCCGGAAAUGCGCUGAACUGCAACCGACCACUACACUUACAGGAGAUCCUUUUAGUAGAUAGGAAUAGUUAGGAGACCCUCCUCCAACCUUCAUCCUUUCCUUCUUUUUUUAACCCGCACUCCGCUUGGUUAUCCUUCGAUAGAUUCACCUAGUGACAGUUUUGGGGAAUUUAAAAAUGUAACUGAAAGUUUUUGUUUCGGUUUGAUUUAAAAUUUAAAAUUUAAAAUUUAAAUUAUAAAUUAAACGGUAAAUUCAAAUGAAUUUUUGCUCAGUUACAAAACUUGUUAGGCAACAGAUGAUCUGAACUAGGUUUCGUGCUAUUUUCGUUAGUUAAAAUUAUUUAUUAUCGAAAAGAAGAAAUUAUUCUAAUCGAUUUUGCUAGAAGCAUGAAUCUAAAUGAGGCUAGUAUUCCUAGUAUUCCAAAUCUUACUCCCCCCCUUCGCACCUUUUCUUCCCUUAACCCUAUCAACCAUGCCCAGCUAAUAGAUGGCUGGUGAAACUGAGCUGCCAAUGCGAUUUGCGGGCCAGUUUAUUUUUAUUUUAUUUUUCAUAGUUGAUUUAUUCAUAAUAUGCAUAUGGUCCAUAUGAGUUUUUUUUUUGUUUUGUUGAACCUAUACAUACAUUUAUUAUUCGCGUACACUUAGCUAGCAGUAAGUUAGAGUGUGUAGAGGUUUUUUUACGUAUAUAUAUUUUUUUACAACGAUAACUAUGUUAAAUACCAACCUACGAGCGGCUCAGUUUUCGCUACUGCUUCGUACAAAUCGGUAGUGAACGGACUCAAAGUAAGGGUGCAAAAAACAAAUCCAGAAAAUGCUCUAUUGUGAGGAAAAUGGAAAAUUUUACGAAAUUCUAAAUUUCGGUAACUCUGGUCCCAUUUAGUUCGUCCGAUCGUGAUCACGAGCUUCCUUCGUUAUUUUUUGCCAAAAGCCGGGUGGAAAAGCGCGCAUAGCAAUGCAUUAAUUAUUCUUACUUAGCGAAAUUCUAUGUUUUAUUGUCUCAAAGUAAAAAAAAAACAGAAGUACGAAACCAAAGUUGUAUUUUCGGUAUAAUGAAGAGAAGAAACAAAAACACUAAAUACGAAUCACCAUCUAAAUGUAUAUUCUGACUGUACGUGAAAUUAAUGUAAAGACUGAUUUUCAUCAUCGUUUUUUUUUGUUUUGUUUUGUAUUACAUUUUGGUUUAAUUUUUUGUGUGUUUGUGGAGAUAAGAGUAAAAAACAAACGUGAUAAGUUUAAAUUAUUUACAUGUGCAACUUAACGUAAAUUAGCAAAAAUGGAUUAUGAAGGAUUUAAGUAAGAAAAGCUAAAAAUUGCGCGCGCCUCGUUUUUUUGAGUUGGGUAUUUUUAUGGUUCUGUUUUAUUUAACCGGAACCUAUUCAUUCAUCGACAUACAUCUUUAUUUACCCAUAAAUAGUUAAAUAAACGGUUGGAAGCUAGAGAAGAAUACACACAUUAUAGAGCACUGAUCACUACUCCAUGCUACUAUUGUCUACUACUAUAUGAAAUCAAGAAUCUUUGUUGUGUAUAACAAAACAAUCUUUUAAAUACUUUGUUCGAUGGGCUACAAGUAUGUUUUGUGAGUAGGGCUUAGAGUUUUUUUGUUUAUUAUAUUUUUUCUAAUAAAAACACACAAAACUUGGCCAAGACAACUCCUCCGGGGAGAUAAGAAAAAUGGGUUUAAGUAAUUAGGGCAAUCAAACGAACUGCAUAAAUGCUGCCACUCUUCCAUUAUAAUUAUUAUUACGAUUAUAUCUCUCAUUACACUGUACAUCUGCUGUACUUUACUGAUGAUAAACUAAUUAAACUCCCAUACGUUUUAGUGUUUAAGUUAGUCGAAUGUACGGUUGUUUGGAAAAAACAGGCGAAAAAACAGGAACUUGCAGUGUUUCUCAGAACAUCGAGCCACUUGUUUUAUGACCUGAGACAUCGUGUAAGAACGAGAGAGAAACAAGAGAACAAGUGUGUGUGUGUGAGAAAGAGUAGAAGUGAGAAGAAAUGCGGGAGUGAGAAGCACGGAAUGGAUUUUUGCAAUUGUUGUUUUUAACUGCCAGACAACAUUAAGCCGCGUUAUGUUAUGUUAAGUUUAAAAUGAGAAGUUUUUCGUUUCGUUUACAUAAGCAUUGUAGGAUGUGUUUUGUGACACAGCAAACUUAAACUCUAUUGCCCCUUUUUUAUUACUUUCAAUGUUUUUUUUUUGUUUUUGUUCCGCUUAAGUCGAUAUUCGAUAUACAACAAUCCGUGUUGCCUUAAACAUUGUUCUGUUUUAAGCUACUGCGCAAUAGUACAUUUACACGCAAACCUUGUGUAUGUGUGUGUGUGUGUUUUUAUAUGAGUGUCUGUAUAUUUCUUAACUAGAGAGAAAUCGUUUUGUUGUUCCAGUUUAUCACAACGGAACAGAUAAGUGUGGUCAGAAAUUGUCUAAUUGUCAUUAAUUGAAUGUUGUAUUGCGUAAAUUUGUAACAUCAGGCAGAUGCAUUUUUUGUUUUCGUACACCUCAUACCGCUAGAAUAUUUGUGUAAAUUCAUGUGCAUUUUGGCCUAAAGCAACGCAUUUCAGUCCGUACAACACACGUUUCAACGCUUAAAACAAUUAUAUGCCUUUUGUUUCGAAACAUGGCGACACUCUGUUUUAUGACCCGAGAAACCCUGCAAAUGCAACAGUAAGGAUAAAGCGUUUAAAUAGUUCAACCACACAAUCACAUACGCCUCGUAAGAGACUUUUGUUAUAACGAAAAAGAAAAGAAACAACAAUUGGGAGAGAAAGAGAAGAAGAAACAAACACAUAUACAAAAUUCUAACAUUAAAUGGAUGCUGGUGAGAAGAGCUCUGGUAAAUAGAAAGUGUAUGUGAUCGACAUAAGAAAAAAUGUGUAAAAAUUUAAAAAUAGCGAAAAUGCAACAAACACGGAAUCCACUCAACGGAAUGCAAAAAAGGCAACCGGAAAAUUAUAGAUAAUUAAAGGUGGUUUAGUAGAACGCGGCCUGCAAGAUACAAUACGACUGAUUAGAUUCUAAAUCGAGCAUAAAUUAGGGGUUGGGUGCAACAAAAAAAAAUAAUCGCACACUCAACUAUGUAUUUGGACACCACAAAUUUGGAGAUAUUGAAAAAAACUGUAAGAAAAGUGGAAAACAAUUGAUGCGGCCUGGAAUUGUUAGUGGGAAGCACACGAACACACGUGGUAUGAACGAAUCUUAAACAAAAAGAUAAUAAUUAUGCAAUGUGAAAAGAGAUACAGAGCGAAAAAGCAUAUUAAGAAAACAAAACAAGCAUGGGAGAGGGUGAAA